CUUAUACUGUGUUUUCCCGACUGUGCUACUAUCAUUGUGUACCUAUGCGACUAUGAGACAGACCGCCUUGGCAACGUACCCAAGUUAUAAGAAUGAGACCCCAGCCUGAAACAAAUGUCACAUGUUCUGUCGUUCAUCCGUGCGGGCCAGGCACAAACCUGACAUGUCACUCAUACUCUUUGUGAACCCAAUUGUGCUUCACCUUAUUACACCUGAGGGAAUUCUGCAUGCUUCCGUUGACUUUUGAGUAGAUUACGCAAAUAGCCUCCGAAAGUUUAACGACCACGAACUUGGGACAUCAUGGGCCUCAACUCUCCGCUCUCUUUCAAGCAUACUAAACCCGGCCAGGCAAUCAAGCCUGGGACGACACUACGCAUCCUCGGUGUCGGGGACUCGAUUACAGUUGGAUUUCUCAGUGACAUAGAUGGGGGAGACGGCAAUGGAUAUAGACUCAAGCUCCGAGAUAACUUAUCAAAAGACCGGGUCGUUUUUUCGGGAACAGAGACUAUGAACGGCACGAUGCCUGGUAAUUAUUUCGCAGCUUGGUCGGGCAUGACCAUCAAAUUCAUCUCUGACCAUGUUGGACCGUCGCUCGAGCAGAGGCCUAACAUAGUACUUAUUCACGCCGGUACAAAUGACAUGCAUCCCAACCUAGACGUAGCCAAAGAAGGCAACGACCCAAAUGAGGCGGCAGAUCGCCUUGGCAAGCUCAUUGACAAGAUCGUUAAGGAUUGUCCAGAUGCUACUGUUCUUGUCGGAAUGAUCAUCGGCUGUCACGAUGAGAUCCAAAUGAGAAAUAUUGCUCAGUUUCGGUCCCUGAUUCCAGGCGUGGUUCAAACGCGAAGCGAUGCCGGAAAACACGUUCUCGCCGUCGACUUCUCAACAUUUCCCAUGGAUGCUCUCAGAGAUGGACUCCAUCCGACGAACUCAGGUUACCAGAUGAUGGGGGAUUACUGGUACGAUUUUAUCGCGCAGAUACCCACUAGCUGGGUUCAGCAACCGAUCGGUGAUGACCCCCGUCGCUCCGUUGAGCUGCGUCGCACGAAGCCUAUAGAAGUAGUGUCAGCGAGCUGGGGCCAGCGACUUCUUGGUUUGGUAUUCGGCAAGGCAGCAUAGUAGAUCAUCCAUCGAUGUCGCCUGAAGCUUGGCAUGGAUAUAGAAAAUAAAAUCUCGGUUCUGAUUAAUC